CGACUGACACUGAUAUGACAGCAUUUCAACUUAAGAUUGUACAUUCAAAAAAGCAUGUGAAAAGCUUAUAAGAUACAACGCAUUGUUAAACAUAAACAUUUUUAGAUAGUGAGCCCUUGUUGAGGCCACAUGUCAGGUCUUUAUGAGUUGUCUGGAGGUCCAUCAAUGAGUUAUUUACCCUCUAAACUUAGAAGUACCAGUAGAGUAUAUACAUUUGUGAAGCAGAAAUUAUUUUUCCUCACCCGUUUAAUCAUCUCCCAAACUCCUGAGAUCAGGGCUGGCCAAGAUAUUUCUAGCAAAAAAGAAAACCAUAUAAAUCAAUGUUUAAGCUUUUAAAAUGCUUUUUAAAUAUGUAGGAUCCCUAAUCAUUGAUCAUUUUUCAUAACUGAGCAUAACAGGCAGUUACACAAAGUGGGCCAUUUAAGGGAACUUGGGAUCCUAGUACCAUUUUGCCUGAAUCAAUACAAUAUGUGUUUGCUUUUGGCGUUUGGGUCCUUGAAGGGAAAAAACUUUGGACUUGUGACUCUUUGGGUUGGGGGGUGGGCAACCCCAGUGUUGGGACCACUGGACUGUAGUAGGUCAAACUAUAGCCCCCCCCCUUUAAAAUGCCACCUUUCCAAUGCAAUAAUACCAUAUUUAAUAAUACAGCAGUAACAGACGCCAUUGUGCACAGUGAGGCUACUUUCUGCUCUUACUUUAGUCAGGCUUUAAGUGUCAGACUCUUUCACUGCCUGUAUAUUUACCGCCGUAGUAUUUCCAUUCACUCCACUGUUUGAGUUUUUGGUUUCCAUCCGUGAUGAUGGUGAGGCAGCCGGUGGCGCGCGCGGACUCAUUGUAAAAAAAAAAGGGAGCGCGCUUUCUCCCGGGCGGGUGCACGCGAAGCGGUGUGCAGAUGUGUCGCAGAUUUUGUAAAGUCACUGGACGAAAGAUCCAGCCAGAGGAAGUCGCUCCGGAUAAAUGUCAGGGAAACAAAGCGGCUGAAGGGAGCAGCGAGAGGAAGAGAGGACGGGACCGCGGGACCGCUGUCAGAAGCAGUUAACGUUAGCUUAGUUUGUAACGGAGAAAUAUCGUUACUUUGACAGUCAGAAGCGAGCGGACGGCGGCGUGCGCAGAGAUGGAGCUGUCAGCGAUUGGAGAGCAAGUGUUCGCUGUGGAAUCAAUCGUCAAGAAAAGAGUUAGAAAGGGGAAUGUGGAGUAUCUGUUGAAGUGGAAAGGAUGGCCACCAAAGUACAGCACAUGGGAACCUGAGGAACACAUUCUGGACCAGCGCUUGGUGCUGGCCUACGAAGAGAAAGCGCAGAGAGACAGAGCUCUGGGUCACAGGAGAAAAGGAUCCAAAGCCAAAAGACUCCUUCUGCAGAACACUGUCUACACCAUGGAUCUCCGCAGCGCUCACAAGACUCCAGAGAAGCCUCCGCCUCGCCUGCAUCUCUCCCUGACACGCUCUCUGCUCUCCGAGGACGAGGAUCAGCCGUACAGCGCCUGCAGGCAGGACCCGCAACUGGCACGUCGAAAAAGCGAACCCAGGAGGUCACAGUUCAAGUGCCUUGAUUCAAAUCCUUCAAGUCCCACACAAGAGGACUGGGAAAGUCGGGGAGAGGAAGAAGAGGAGGAGGACAAUAUAGAAUAUGAAGAGGAUAUAGACGAGGAGGAGGAGAAAGAGGAGGCUCUAAAGGAGACAACAGAGAAGAGCGGAGGCAUUUUAAGUGGACAGGACAGUACAGACGAGUGGAGCUCCGCUAUUGGACCGGACGAGGUCAUCGCAUCCGAGAAGCCGGACGACGGCGUCUGGAGACCCAUCAUCGGCCCGGGGGAGGUGACCGUCACGGACGUCACCCUCAACUCGCUCACAGUGACUUUCCGAGAGUCGAGAGUGGCCAAAGGCUUCUUCAGAGACUGGGGCCUGGAGGUCUGAAAUGAGAUGAGGUCUGAGUAGGUUGGUGGGGAGGGCGCUUCAAGAGGGAGGAGGAGGCUUCAUCACAGCGUGUGAAUGGUGGUUGAGGGCCAGGGUUGGUGUUUUCACUCCCUCUGCUCUUCCUCUCACCAGCUACUUCCAGCCUAGUCAGUGGUAUGUUUACAUGCACAGAGUCACCUGGAUACAAUCCAAACUCCAGUUAAUGUUAUAUUUAGGUUAACUCUAACUGGUCGUGACUUCCAUUUUAGACCCAAGUCGCCAGGUGGAUUGAGGUGCAAACACUGGCACUGGAGGUGAGCGAGCUGUGGCCCGUAUAUGGCUGUCAGAUUCAGGUUGAUUUUGGAGGUCCACACUUUGGCUAAGGCCUAGUUGUAGUUAGCAGUACUCGGGCUAGUUGAGGGCCCCCAUUGUUGGCCCCUUGUCCAGUGUCAGUGUCAGUGAACAGUUAAAAUAGGCGAGUCAGGUGAAGUGAGUCAUAGAGUCUCACACCUACAUUAGGAAUCUGUGACUUGCUGGGAUCAGUUAAAAUGUGCUGAUACAGAGAUAUAAUGAUUUUAUUGGUUUUCAUUUUUUCCACUUUAAAGGUUCCCUGUAGAGUUAUGUUUACAUUCAGUGUUACUCACCAAAAGUAUUUAGCCUAUCCUCAAGGUUUAAUAAUCGAUCUAAUGCAUUCCAAUCCAAUUAAAACCUUUGCAAAGCCAAGGUAACUAUUUAUAUAGAACAUUUCAUACACCAGGGGAAUUCAAUGUGCUGUUACAGGGUAAUACAAGUACAGCAAGGAUACAGUUUGAUCAAAUUCAAAACAAAAAACUUAAUUAAAGCUCAUUUCUAAAAAUGAAUUGGACCCUGCAUUGCGUUGUUUGCUAGCUUGCAGUCUUAUUCUUCCUUUCCUUCUGCUAGGGCAUUAAUGCCACCUGUAGAUCAGCGGAAUAGUGUGAAACCUGCAGCAGGAAUGUGCAUCACAUCGCCCAGGAACUAAUAAACUGGGACCCACUCAUCAAAACAUUGCUCCAUAGCGCUACUAGUGGCCAAAAACAGCACAGGGAACCUUAAAAGCAGUUAACAGAAGGGGCCUCAUGUAUGAAAAUGUUGAUCUUGGCUCCUGUCAUACCGUACCAGUUUUCCAUGUCAGAUUCAGCAAACGUAGUAAAAUAAACAGUUCCUACAGUCAUCACAUGACUGUAGUGGUAGAAGAGUAUAAAGUAGCAUAGUAGCAGAGUUAUGACAUCCACGUUUUGUGACCUAAAAGCAACUAAUGUGAGUAAUCAGGUGAAGGAAAGAAAGUUCUCUGUGCAUGUAAACACGGCCACUGUUUCUGUCUCUUCCACACUAAACAAACCGUUCAGUACUGGACUCUGGAUACGUAUUGUACAUACUCCAAAACUACAGUGAAGUGGGCAUAGCUGUCAGUCCCAUACUAACAUGCAGUGCUGUACCUGUAACCUGUGAACACAUAGACUGUUACUACUGUACAACAUGUGUCUUAGUCUUGUAUGCGUUUCCAAAUCCUCGGAGAGAUGAUUUGAUCCGCCUGCAUGGCUUUCUCCUUCGGUACAGUUAUAUUAAUGCAAACACACACACAGUGUAGUUCUCUCUGUCCAUCCAGCUCUUCAUCUCACAACGUACGACACACCACAAACGAUAUGACUGAGUACCAAAAUCAGAAAACUAGAUGAGACUUGAUGACAGAAUGUACUGUGGAAUUGCACUCUUUACUGUACAUCAUAAAGGUUAGUGUGUCUAUCAGGAGCCUCAUUGUAGAGUUUGACCGACAGGGUUAGUCACAUAUUUUAAAUGACUGACAGCUGUUUUAUAAAACAUACCUAAAGGUUUUAUUGAUUUCCUACCUUCCAGUUACCUCUCACAAAGGCACAAAAAUCCACUUGCACUCUUAAAGAUAAUCUAUCACAGCUAACAAUGUAAAAGUUUAGCUUUAUGGAUUUAUUAAGCUGUGUUAUAGUAAUGUUACUAUCGUUAUUAAAUCAAACCAAAAAUCAAGACAAAGCGUAAGCAACAUGGAAAACGAUCAUGUUAAUUUUUGUGUUGCUCAGGAGGGGUCUGCAUCCCUAAAGGGGUUGCAAGAGCAGUCAAGUCGGUCGCAGGAUGAUUGUCCAGGACUUAGGAAAAGUUUGUCUUUUAGACGUUUGUCUGAUCUUUGCUUUUAUCUUGUGAAAUACUUUAGUUUCAACCUUUCAGGCCUUAUAAAAAUAGUCGGAUAAACCUAUCAGCUCACAACUGAUGAGCUGAUUGGUUACUAUGACGAGGGGGUUGCAAGGAGAUAUUUCCUUAUAUUAAAGGAUAGGUUCACAAUUUUUCCAGUCCUAUCAUUCCUGUUGAUACCGGCCAUUAAGAGACCCCUUCCUAAUGUGCUUUCAUGUGUAAGUGAUGAAAUGCACAGUCCCAGUUCUGUGCAAAAAUAUACUCCAAAGUUUAUCUUAUGCUAAUAUGAGCAUUAGCUGUCUAAGUUCAACAAAUCAAAUGAAUGUCCUCCAGAGUUAGUUGUCUUUUUGGUAUAAAAUUCCCUCUUCGUGCUUCCUGUUUUCUUGGUCAACUGGAGAAAUUCUACUGACAAGAAGACUACAGAAGCCUCAUAUUAGCUUCAGACAACAUUUUGAAUACAUUCUUGCACAAAAAGGCGCCUGUGAAUUUGGAAAAUGUGGAUUUCAUUUGAGCUUUUAGCUCCGUUAUCAGAGAACUGUAGAUUGUAGAAAUAUCAAGUUCAUUUCAGACUUUGGAAACAGCAGUUAAAAGUAAAGUCUAUUACAAAUAGAAUAAUUAUUAGUAGGUUAAUAAUAAUAGAUUCUAAUGACAGAAAUACAAAUAGAUGAAUACCACUAAUAAUAAUAUAAUGAUUAAAUAUCUAGAAUAAAAUUCAAGAUUUAAGUCAGAAAAAUUGGAAAAUGGGAAUUUCCGAAUGUACAGUUCCAUGACACCUGAGCAAACUCAAUCUGAAAUAAACUGUUGCUGCCUGGAAGUUGGGAGGUUAAUCUUAAAACCUGCAGCAUGCUUUAGAAAAUGGUUAGCAGAGCUAUAAAGUAUGUGCAAUGUGUAGUUAAUGGGCUGAAACAUGAGAAAUAUGAUCUUUAACGCAGGGUGACCCAGCCCCUGUCCACCAAACACAUGGUUAGAAAACUAAAUAAUCAUUUAAUUACCCAAAAUACUUACAAAUCCGAAGUUUCCCCACAGCUUUACAGACUUAUUUUAUGUAACUGUGUUCAGGGAUAACAUCGAUUAAUAAAAUAAAAGCCCAACUCUGAACCCAGUAUGUCGGCCCAACCCUGCUGGCUUCCUGACCAGUGGACACAGGAGCUGAUGUGAUGUGUCAAGUCUGUGGAAUCUCCCACAGUGGCGUCCCAUUGGUCCACGUGUUGUUUAUCCUACACUGAGGAUGAUGGGUCAGCGUCUCGUGAUCUCAAACCUGUCUCUGUGUGACAAUGAAGCUGCAGGGAAUGGAAGUGCCUGAUGUUGCAUAAUUUUGUUGUUGUUUCGUCUGUAGGGCUAAUGCCUCUCUCUAUCCUUUACACACACACACACACACACACUAUUACUGUCCCAGCUUAUUUGGUUUCUGUCUCUCUGAAUGCACGACCCUCCACUGAUGUUAUUAAGACUUGAAAUAUGAGGAGACUUGAAAGGGGAGGAACAUGGAGGGGACAGUAGGGAAUAAUCUGUAUUUUUUAAGUCGUUAUUUUUCUACAUUGACCUGAAUGUAUAUUUAUUCUUUAAAGAUACCUGUGUAUUUGUCAUGCAGAUGACUGAACAGAGUAGUUUUUAUACAGUUUGUGAUAACUACUGAGCUGAUGCCAUAUUUAAAUGUACUGAAACAAGCACCUGGAUUUGACAUUGCCUAAUGUGGUUGCUUGUGCUGCUUCUGUCCACCAUUGAGCGAAGAACCUUGCACUUUAUCGUGACGUAAACCUGCACCUUACCUGCUCCAGUCUAUGAAGUGUCAUCAUGUAAAGAAUAUUUCUAUGGUAAUACUAAAAUAAAUGUUGCUUAUGUUUAAUAUCAUUUUAAUCAAA